UUCAUCACUAGUGCAUUUAAAUACAUUCUGUAACAAAUCACGACUUUGUAUUUUGAUGCUCAGCAGAAUUUUAGAAUAUUUAACAAAAAUUAUUGUCUGCAGGAUUACUGUUUGUAAACAAACGCAUGUGGUUUUGUUUACUUUCACUGAAAUGGCAGUUCUGGUAUAACACUGUAAGCCAUGGUUUGGCCCGUGCGCAGUUGACAAUAAUCGGUCUUUACACGUCAUUAGUCUAUGAACUAUACGGUAACCCAUUCGUGUGUGGCAGUUGGGCUGGACUUGGAUGGAUUGAAUUUGGGGCGGAGGCAGAAUUGAGAGGUGAUAAGGAAGCUUGAAUGUUUGUGCUUGGCAGGUAAUCAUGAGUACAACAGCUUGUGGUUUUUUUGUUUUAUCGAGAAGCUGUGGCUUUUUAAGUCGUUUAGUUAAAGUGCUUGUUCUUGAAAUCACUGAGGGCAGUUAUGCGAUCACCCGCACCACUGCUGUAAAACUUAGGCGUGUUAAACAAUGGAUUUCUUCAGUUUUAUUGGUAUCAUUGUAGUUCUGUACUACAUUACCCUUUUAAUUGGUUUCCUGUUUUGGGAUUGCAACUUGGAGUUGGCUUACACCGAGAGGUUUAGGCUUCCAGUAGGCGUGAUGCGGGGCCAGGUGGUGUGGGUGACCGGGGCCUCGAGUGGCAUCGGGGAGCAUCUGGCGGUGGACCUGGCCCGCCACGGGGCCAAGCUGGUGCUGUCGGCCCGCCGCGAGGACCAGCUCGACCGGGUCAAGGACAAGUGCCUGGAAGGAAGCCCAGUUCUCCGCUCAGAAGACGUUCUCGUUCUCCCGUUGGACGUGACAAAAUUUGACACUCACCAGGCAGCAUUCGACAAAGUCAUCAACCAUUUUGGUUGUCUGGACGUGCUGGUGAGCAACGCGGGGCGCUCGCAGCGCUGCGCCUGGGAGGAGGCAGAGCUGGAGGUGGACCGGCGGGUGCUGGAGCUGAACGUGCUGGCGGUGGUGUCGCUGACCCGCGUCGCCCUGCGCUACUUCCUGCGGAGGGGCGGCGGCCACGUGGCCGUCACCUCCAGCCUGGCCGGCGUCGAGGGCGUGCCCUUCUCCUGCAGCUACACCGGCUCCAAGCACGCCCUGCACGGCUACUUCAACAGUCUCAGGAAUGAGAAAAUGGGCAGCAACCUGACGGUGACCAUCUUGUGUCCCGGCCCUGUGUUCACCAACUUCCUCUCGGAGAGCUUCACCGGGAAAGUGGACCAGAAAUUCGGAGAGAGCGCGAGACCCACAGACAAGCGCAUGUCUGCCGAGAGAUGUGCGCAUCUUUGCGCAGUAGCCCUGGCCAACAAACUGGACGAGGUCUGGAUGGCACCUCGACCAAUCCUGCCGUUGAUUUACUUAUUUCGCUACUACCCCACCAUCGGCAGGGCGCUUUUUAAGUUUUUGGGUCCAAAAUAUCUUCUCAAACUGAGAGACAGCAGACAGACUGUUGAAGCAGAGUGAUUGACUGACAAGAAAUCAUACUGUUGCUUAUUCAAUGCUUUCUUCUGUUCAGACAAAGUUAUACAUACUUAGUUUAAACUUUUUUAAAUGGAUUUGUAUACCUUGGAUAUAAUAAAGACUAUUUAUUUUGGGAAUAA